UUAUAAAAACAUAGUAGUGAUAUUAGAUAAAUAGAAUUUCUUUAAAUCUAUCAUUUCCACAGUUUUAUUCGAAUACACCGAUUGUCAAUCCAAAAAUGUGUUUCUAUAUUUUCAUUUUUAUGUAUCUAACCAGCAGUUUUUCAAAUGGACUACUUUGCUCUUCUUAUCCUUUAAAUGCGGAAGGCCAAUUUAACGAUGUAGCAUCAUCCUCUUUGGAAUAUAUCUUUAGAAGUAAUUACGAAAAUACUGGAGGUAUGUCGUAUGAUGAAUUUCGAAAUCUAUUAAAAUCUUAUGAUUUCAUAUACGAUAUGGAAGAUAGUAAAAUCGAAAAACUAUUUAAAGAUGAAGUUAAUAACAUGGACGAACGUAUGAAUAUUGAUCAAUUUAAGAAACAAGCAUUGGUGUUUGUCACAAAAAUUGAGCAAAUAAUUUAUGAAAUUUAUCUUAGCUGUUGUGACAAUAAUGAAACUACGACUCCAGUACAAAUAUACUGUGUUCUUACAUCAUUAGAAUUCGAAAUCACUUAUGAAGAAGUUACUAUAUCAACAUCUGCCUGUAAUGUUCACGACUCAUUAAAAAUCACCCAUUUAGAAUUCAGAAAUAUAUUCGUAAAUCUUAUCAAAGUUCACCUAAAUAAUUAACGAAGAGAAAAUGAAACAAUUAUUAAAAUUAAUUAUUAUUUUGAAUUGUUUAACAUAACAAUUCAAAUAUAUAAAUCGCUGUUAAAUCUGUAAUAAAACUCUCUAUAUAUAACAAUUUGUAAAUAUCAAUCUACAUUUUUAAAUUAAAUUAAAUGGUUUUGUUCUCUCAUCUA